GUCAACUGUUUGCGAUUGAGAUAUCACGGCAAAAGUUCACUUUCUUGCUCUGGUUUGCGUCAGCAUCGAUCGCAGACAACGAUAUAUACCGUGGACGCCAAAAAAUGCUUGUGUACGUACGGGUUCCAAACUAACCAAUUACUCACAUUUCAUGACUGGCCUACACUGUCUUUGAAGGAUGCUGUACAAAAGUUGUCUUUAUCCAAUUAUCCUUCUUCUAGGAAUGGAGCUGGUGUUGACGCAAGAUACUUGUGCAACAAUGCGAUGCCCUCCUGCUACACCUAUUUGUGAGGAAAAUCGAAGUUGCGCCAAUCCACCUUGUCCUCCUCGCUGCGUAAGAGCACCUUCUUGCGACGACGUUCGAUGCAAGGAAGGCUUCACUUGUAAAAUGAUUGUGCCUCCAUGUCUUCCUGGUCUACAGUGUCCUAAUUAUGCAGAAUGUGUACCAAAUAGCUAAAAGACAAGGAAACAACGAUCUGAACAAUCCACUUCAAAAAGGCUUAAACUCAUCAUAAAUAAAGACUCAAU